AUGAUCAUUUCCUAAGGUUCUGAUCAGAAAUCUACGAUUCACUCCAAAUCCUCUCCUGAGAUUGCUCUGAGGUUUGAAAGUGGGCCUGGUGCUGUCAUGCACUCUUUGCUAGCAGAAAAAAAUGGAUUUUUGCAAUGCCAUAUAGAAAACUUCAGCACUGAAUUCCUUACAUCUUCUCUUACGAAUAUUCAACAUUUUUUGGAAGAUGAAACUAUUGCAACAGUAAUGCCAAUGAAGAUACAAGUUUCUAACACAAAAAUAAAUUUGAAAGAUGACAGUCCUCGGAGUAGUACAACAUCCCUUGAACCAACUCCUGUAACUGUACAUAUUGAUCAUCUUGUGGUAGAGAGAAAUGAUGAUGGCUCUUUUCAUAUCAGAGAUUCUCAUAUGUUUAACACCGAAAAUGAUUUGAAAGAAGAUUUCAAAAGUGAUUCAGUGCUGAUGACUGGUGAUACGUAUGAGCUGAAGAAACAGCCCAGUGUCACUCAAGCCACUCAGACAAGCCCAGAUGUUCCUGAGUGCUCAUUUCACUUUACUAAGGAACAGCUCAUGGAAGAGAAUGAAUCACUUAAACAAGAACUGGCUAAAGCUAAAAUGGCUCUUGCAGAGGCUCACUUGGAAAAAGAUGCACUUCUUCAUCAUCUAAAGAAGAUGACAGCUGAAUAGCAGCAAGGGCCAUCAGAACUCAGGUCACAGCUAUGGAGUAGGAAAGUUAUGUUUACAAUUCAGAUGUUAUCAAUUAGUGGAAGACUUUCCUUUUCUUGAAAAUAAAAUGAAAUGGAAUGUGAUGACGUUGUGACUGUUCCAAAGCCAUUUUUAGAAAGUUAUUAUAAAUGAGCAUUACCAUCUCUCCUGUUUUAUGUUUGGGAUUUAACCUUCUUCUCAACUGGUGUAAACUAGAAAUCAGCACAUACUGUAAAAUAAUUACAUGCCUAGUGAAAAGAAGAUACCAUUUCCUAAUUUUAAUAUCUCAUACAUUUUUAAAAAGACAAUGAAAACCUCUGUGUUCAUGCAGAUUGUUGAAUUUAUUUCUGUGUGUUAAUAAUUUACUGUUAUUACAGACUCAGAUGCUCUUAGGGCUAAUGUAAAAUAAAGAGGCUUACAUUUAAAUGUUAUUAAAAUUAUGUACUUAAAUCUAUAAUUAUUUAAUUACUGUAAAAUUUCUAAUCAGUAAUUAUAUAAUUACUGAGUUUAAGAACUCUAAAAUAUCUUCACCUUUCUGGACUUACAAAUUUACUUAAAAAUGUGAAAAAAACCCACUUUUAAAAUGAUGUGGUAAACUCUGUUUGUAGAAGCUAUAAUUUUCAACAAAAAGAUGGUACAAAUGUAAAAAUAAAAAAGCACAAAUAUUAGAGUAUAUACCAAGUGACUUAAAAAGCAUUACUUGUACAUUCCUUUAAACAUUUAUUGUUAGAAGAGUAAUUUAACUGCUAAAUUUGACAGCAUUUGUUACUAUAAAAAUUAUAAUUAAUACUA